AUGAAAUUAGAGAUGCUGAAAAUAAUAUUGAACGACUACGAGCAGCUUGAAAAAAAAUGUGAAAAAGAAUUUGAUGAUGCAUGUAAAGCUGUUAAUUUAGCAGAAUCAGAAGGAAAAACAACUGAAGAAGUUAAUGCAUUAACAAAUAUUAAAGUUCGCCAGCAAUUCAAUCUCUUGCUUACUGCAUUGGUUGCUGAAAAUACCAGUGAUAAACGUGAUAAGAUUAUGAAAAAAGAUCUCCGUUUACAAAAUAAAAUUGGUGAAGUUGUAAUUAUUGAUCUUGAUAAUGCUGGCAAAGUAAAAUAA